AAACAUUUGUGUGCGACUGCUCCUCGUCUUGCUGUCUCGCGCCUGCCGUGUGGAAAAACAAACUUGCGCUUGUACUGCCGACGACUUGGACCGGCGGAGGCUCUGCGUUUGUGGAAAAUUGGAGAUGGUAGGUGAAGUUGACCGUCGAGCAGAGGGAAGACGGCAUCUGGUUGGAAAAUUGGGGAUGACGUGAAGUUGAUUUUUUUUUUUUUGGUUAUAUAAUCAUUCUCGUAACUAAUGAGUUUUAUUAACCUGUUCACAUACAAAUUAAGCAAUUGAAUUGUGCAAGUGGAAAUUGCUGGGGAGAGCAAGCAUAAGGAAAGAAUCACUCCAUUAAUAUAUACAUCCACACACCCACAUAGACAUAUAUGCUGCCUGCGGAUGCCGAGAUCCGUGAUGAAGAAGAAGAAGAAGAAAAAUCCAAACAAGAAGAAAGCAAUCCCCUCUUAGUGCAAACAUCCAAUAUACCGUUUUUGCAUGAUGAUGGCUACCAUUGGCGAUGCUAUGGCAAAAGAAAAAAUCAUCAUGGAAAAAAAUGUAGCUAUUACGGGUGUUCAUUAUGGCCUAACUGCCGAGCAAAAAAGCGAAUAGUACACUUGCUUGAUGGGACGACUUUCACUACUUACAAGGGUGAGCAUCAUCAUUCUAAUGGAUCUUCAACAGAUGCUACACAAGUUCACAAUCAAUGGCUUCCCUCACAUCCAUUCGUUCUAGGGAUGCAUGGGUCAUCUGGACAUUCGAUGAGUGAGAGACAAGUGACUAUGCGAGAAGCUGGACUGCGUAUUGAGCAAAGUGGUGUAGAAUUAAUGCCACCGAAUUAUGAUGAGUGGGAGAGAAAUGUGGAGGUCCACUUGGUGAAUAGUGAAUUGUCAACAUUAGUUGAGAACCCAAGAUGCCCAAAGCUUUCAAAAUUGGUCCUACAAGGAAACUACAAAUUGCGAACCAUUCCUUCUGCAUUUUUUCAAUACAUGCCUGCCCUCCAAGUCCUCAACUUGUCCAAGACUGGUAUCAAGUCAUUGCCAUUGUCGCUAUUUGGGCUGGUCAGCCUCAAAGAACUCUAUUUAAAUGACUGUGAGAGUUUUAUGGUGCUAUCGCCAAAAGUUGGAGAGCUUAAGCAUCUUGAGGUACUUGAUCUUGAAGGGACAGAGAUUAUAGAUCUACCUGGAGAAAUUAGAAAUUUGACAAAACUCAAAUGCUUGAAAGUCUCAUUCUAUGGAUAUAUGAAUUGUGGCAGGAAAAGUGAGCAGUCCAGAACAAUGAUUCCUCGCUGGGUCAUAUCAUCUCUCUGUAAAUUAGAGGAAUUAUGUAUAGAUGUGAAUCCAGAUGAUGAGCAGUGGCACAUAAUUGUGGAAAAUGUAAUGGAAGAAAUUUGCUGCUUGGAGAGACUAAGAUUUCUCAAAUUCUACUUUCCGAAGGUGGAACUACUGGGGAUGUUGCAAUGGAAGCUUACAUCGAAGUUACUAGUAUCUCGAAAUCUAUUGUUUCAAUUCAGACUUAUUGUUGGUCAUCAUGUCAAACGGAUCAUAUCUCGACUCCUCCAUGAUGUUGAAUUUGAGCUAAAGCGAUGGCGGAGAUGCUUAACAUAUGUAUACGGUGAGGGAAUCCCUGGAGAAGAAAUUAGAAAGGUGCUUGGACAUGCAACAGCAUUUCACCUAGAUCGCCAUGUAACUGCUAAGAAGUUGUCUGAAUUUGGGAUUGAAAAUAUGAAGCGUCUGAAAUGUUGUAUACUAGGGGAAUGUAAUGAGAUUCAAGCGAUCAUAGAUGGGAAAGAUAUCCUUGGAGAAGCUAGAAUUGGGCUUGAAUCACUAGAAUACUUAAAUAUUUACUACAUGAAAAAUUUAAGAACCAUAUGGGCGGGGCCAGUGCAGACUAGGUGUUUUUCACAUUUGAAAUCCUUAAACUUGCGUACGUGUCCACAGUUGGCUACCAUUUUCACAUGGGUGUUGCUUCUUGUUUUUAGCAACUUGCAAGAACUCAUAGUUGAAGAUUGCCCGGCCAUAAAAAGCUUAGUACGCUGGGAAAACCCUGCGGAGCAGAAAUUCCAAUGCUUAAAAUCAGAUUAUUUACUUCCAAAGUUGAAAAAGAUAUCACUUCAUUUCUUACCGGAAUUGACUAAUCUAUCUGGUGGCCUGCGCAUUGCACCAGAGUUAGAAUGGAUGAGCAUUUAUGACUGCCCAAAGUUCAAGAGUUUUUCACAUGGAGAAUUGUCCAGCAAAAAGUUGAAGACUAUCAAGGGUGAGAGACACUGGUGGGAAGCACUGGAGUGGGAAAUUUGCCGGCCAGAAUGUUUGGCUGCUAUAUUUAUCCCAAUUGAAUCACCCCUCGACAUAGUCGAAGAUAAAGCUGAUCAAAUGCGAUCAAAUGUCAUGAGGGAGCUUACUAUCCCAUACUUCUCAUACCCAUGAAUUGAGGGAGCGUCUAGCAUACUUCUAGCUGCUCAAAUGUCAUGAGGCCCAUUAGCGUGGAGAAGAAGUUGUUUCAAGUGGCUUACUGUCCCUAUAAUAGAGUUCAUUGUGAGUAAAUCAAUAUCCAAAGCAUGGAACUUGAGCCAUGCAAGCAGCAUUAGAUGGUGGCUGUGGACUCGCAAAGAUUAGAACCGAGACCUUACCUUAUGAGUUUAUAGCUAAUUAUUAAGAAAUAAGAAUUGGUUCUGGAAUGUAUAAACUAAGCCUGGCAUCUUUCAGUGUCGCAUGAUUUCUAAACUAUCGAUCUGCUUCUAUCACAUAAUAAAUGGUUUGGAUGUGGAUGUGAUUUU